CUCAUCCAUUGUUGGGCAAUAGUCUGCGACAUCGAAACAAUCUUAACCGAAACUUUUCAGGUAAUUAACUGCUGAAGACCAUUUGAAGACACUCUUGUGCUUUCUUUUCGAUAUACUUUCCAAGAACAAGUAGAGUGUGACUGCAGCUAGGAGUACAACUAAACUGUGUCAGUGAGGGGAGAAAAAGGGAGGAAAACUUUUUGAAGCAAGGAAUUCCGGAAUUCAUAUUCCUCCAUUUUGAACUUUUAAACUCAGUUUUUUCUCGUGGACUGUUGUCGAAAUCCAGACACCAUGACAAGCAUCAACACAGCCAACAUCAACUUUAAAUGGGACCCAAAGAGUCUAGAGAUCCGUACUCUGGCAGUGGAGAGGCUGCUGGAGCCCCUGGUUACCCAGGUCACUACUUUGGUGAACUCCAGCAACAAAGGCCCAUCUAACAAGAAGAAGGGACGCUCCAAGAAGGCUCAUGUUUUGGCUGCAUCAGUGGAGACUGCUACCCAGAACUUCCUGGAGAAAGGAGAAAAAAUAGCAAAGGAAAGUCAGUUCCUAAAGGAUGAGCUGACUGCUGCUGUGGAAGAUGUCCGCAAGCAAGGUGAGUCAAUGCGCCUGGCUUCUGGAGAGUUUGCUGAAGACCCCUGCUCUUCUGUGAAGAGGGGCAAUAUGGUUCGUGCUGCCAGAGCCCUCCUGUCUGCGGUCACACAUCUUUUGGUGCUGGCAGACAUGUCAGAUGUCUACAAACUUCUACUGCAGCUUAAACUGGUGGAGGACAAUCUGGUCAAAGUGCGCAAUGCAGGAACAGAGCAGGACCUGGGAAUCCAAUACAAGGCCUUGAAACCAGAGGUGGACAAGCUGAACAUCAUGGCUGCCAAGAGACAGCAGGAGCUAAAGGACGUCCACCACAAGGACCAAAUGGCUGCUGCUCGUGGGGUUCUACAAAGGAACAUCCCCAUGCUGUACACAGCAUCCCGGGCCUGCCUGCAGCACCCUGACGUGGCAGCCUACAAGGCUAACCGUGACCUGAUCUACAAGCAGCUGCAGCAUGCAGUCUCCGGCAUCUCCAAUGCUGCUCAGGCUACUACCACUGAAGACUCAGCACUCAGUCAGCCAGCAGGGGGUGGAGAGCUCGCCUAUGCCCUCAACAAUUUUGAUAGACAAAUAAUCGUGGACCCCCUGGCGUUUAGUGAGGAACGUUUCCGUCCCUCCCUGGAGGAACGCCUUGAGAGCAUUAUCAGUGGUGCUGCCCUCAUGGCUGACUCUUCUUGCACACGUGAUGACCGCAGGGAGCGGAUCGUGGCCGAAUGCAAUUCUGUGCGCCAGGCUCUUCAGGACCUUCUGUCUGAGUAUAUGGGCAAUGCGGGAAGGAAGGAAAGGAGUGAUGCUCUGAACACAGCCAUUGACAGGAUGACAAAGAAGACCAGGGACCUUCGCAGACAGCUGCGUAAAGCCGUGAUGGACCAUGUCUCUGACUCUUUCCUGGAGACCAAUGUUCCUCUCUUGGUCCUGAUUGAAGCUGCCAAGAAUGGCAACGAGAAAGAAGUCAAGGAAUAUGCACAGGUGUUCCGCGAGCAUGCCAACAAGCUGAUUGAGGUGGCCAACCUGGCAUGCUCCAUCUCCAACAAUGAGGAGGGAGUGAAGCUGGUCCGCAUGGCAGCAUCUCAACUGGAAACUCUUUGCCCACAGGUGAUUAAUGCAGCGUUAGCCCUUGCUGCCAAACCCAACAGUAAGGUGGCCCAGGACAAUAUGGAUUUGUUCAAGGAGCAGUGGGAGAAGCAGGUCCGUGUCCUCACUGACGCGGUUGAUGACAUAACAUCCAUUGAUGACUUCCUUUGUGUGUCUGAGAACCACAUCCUGGAGGAUGUGAAUAAGUGUGUCAUCGCUCUGCAGGAGAAAGAUGUUGAUGGUUUGGAUCGCACUGCUGGAGCUAUUCGAGGCCGAGCUGCCAGAGUUGUCCAUGUGGUCACUUCUGAAAUGGACAAUUAUGAACCUGGAGUCUACACAGAGAAGGUCUUAGAGGCUACCAAGCUCCUCACUAACACAGUCAUGCCACGGUUCACAGAGCAGGUGGAGUCUGCAGUGGAGGCCUUGAGUGCAAACCCGUCACAACCUGUGGAUGAGAAUGAGUUCAUUGACGCAUCCCGUCUGGUAUAUGAUGGUAUUCGUGACAUUCGCAAGGCUGUCCUCAUGAUCAGAACUCCAGAAGAAUUGGACGAUUCUGAUUUUGAAACUGAGGACUUUGAUGUUCGCAGCAGGACCAGCGUGCAGACAGAGGAUGACCAGCUUAUUGCUGGCCAGAGCGCACGGGCUAUCAUGGCCCAGUUGCCCCAGGAGCAGAAGGCGAAGAUUGCAGAACAGGUGGCUAGCUUCCAGGAAGAGAAGAGCAAGCUGGAUGCUGAGGUAUCCAAGUGGGAUGACAGCGGCAAUGACAUCAUUGUGUUGGCUAAGCAGAUGUGCAUGAUCAUGAUGGAGAUGACAGACUUCACCAGGGGUAAAGGGCCACUGAAGAAUACGUCUGAUGUCAUCAGCGCUGCCAAGAAAAUUGCGGAGGCAGGCUCAAGAAUGGACAAGCUGGGCCGCACCAUCGCUGACAACUGCCCUGACUCUACCUGUAAGCAGGACCUGCUUGCCUACCUGCAGCGUAUUGCCUUGUAUUGCCACCAGCUCAACAUCUGCAGCAAAGUCAAGGCUGAGGUUCAGAACCUGGGAGGAGAGCUGGUUGUCUCAGGGUUGGACAGCGCCAUGUCCCUGAUCCAGGCUGCAAAGAACCUGAUGAACACAGUGGUGUCCACCGUCAAGGCCUCCUACGUUGCAUCUACUAAGUACCAGAAGAGCAAAGGCAUGGAGUCCCUCAAUAUGCCAGCUAUCUCCUGGAGGAUGAAAGCUCCUGAGAAGAAGCCUCUGGUGAAGAGAGAGAAGCAGGAUGACGGCCAGACCAACAGAGUCAAGAGAUCGUCUCACAAGAAACACAUCAACCCUGUGCAGGCUCUGAGCGAGUUCAAAGCCAUGGAUAGCAUCUAGACUCGCCGAUUUCUGAUUGGAGAGAACACAAAAUAUUGACCAAUGAGUUUCUGAAUAGAUUGAGCUUGUCAUUCUAUUAAAAUGAAAAGGUUUUAACAUAUUUGUUCUAUCUUUGAAUAGACUGCUUGUUUGUUUGACCCAUUAUGUUCCUACACUGCCUCAUUUCUAUUCCAUAAGUUCAGAUGUGCUCUAGUCUGUAGCAUUAAGGGUCUCUUAUCUGGAAAAUACAGUUAGAGGGAAAUCAACUGGACAAAGGCAUUUUAAAAAAAAAUGUUUUUCCUUUUUUCUUUCAUGUUUAUGGGAGGAAAGGGGAGUGGAUUUCAUAGAUAAAAGAAUUAAUUCCAAGAAGCUUUUGAUUAUUUUGUAUUCUAACCAGUUUUAUAGUAAUACCACAGGGUCUCUGGUGUUUUACACUAUAAUGUUUGAUUAUGGCAAAAUACCUUCUGUACUGCAAAUAUCAACUAUGCAAAAUCUCAACUGCCUUAUUUUAACUCGAGCAAUAAUUGUAAUUAAUUUGGACGUGCUGGGCUAACUGCUGAGAUUUGGUUCGACCUUAACGAACCAAGGUCAAUAUAUUUCCGUGUGUGCCUGUAUGUUUCUACCUUGAUACAUUGUCAUGCCACUAUAAACAGUCAAAUAAGUUUAAACUGACGUUAAACACUAUUUUCAGUGCUGUAUAACUAAUGAUUUGUUCCUCCCACGUUAACAUUUGACUGGUAAACGUCAUUUCUUUAUAAUUUAAGCAUCCCACAUUAUUUGUUCAUGUUUGCAUGACGCAGCAAACCAAAGGUAACAGAGUAUUCUUCUCAGCCUUUUGUUUUGCUACAUGACUGGUACAUGUGCUUGAUCAUACAGAUCUACCCAGUCAAACUUUGUAAAGAAGCCUCGAUGCCUCUUGACUCUGGAAGAGCCCAGUGGGUUUAAUAGUAAGCGGACCAUGUGUCGCCACUCUCCCAAGCCGUCAAGCUUCAUUAACUGUCAAUGAGACCAAACACCUCCACAAUCUAAGAAUGUGUCCAAAUUGAGGGAUCAAUAUGUUUUCUCUCCACAGCUUGGAGGUAGGCGCGGAAAAGAGGAGGAUAGACCAGACUUUAAACUCUCUUUAUUGUUUGUAUUGCUUGUCCUUAAGCUUAAACACUAAUGGAGAUUUUGUUAUGUCAUGCACAAUCUUUAUUAAAAAAAAAAACAACAAAAAACAGGAAACAAGUUGCCAGGUGUUGGAGCUUUAAAGCGAAAUAGGAUAAAGUUUUUUUUUCUUUUUACUUCAGGUAACAACUGUGGGAUGGAUGCUCUAUGCAGCUUGCUCUCCAGUCACAUAUAGCAUUCUGCUGCAUAGUGGUGCAUUGUUGUACAGGGAGGCUUUGAAAUCCUGCUGCUUUGGUCUUGGGGCUGAAUCUUUGUUUUGCUCGUUUGACAUCUGUGAACAACAGCAGGAUGAGCAAGUAUGGUCAUUUGACAGGUGGAUAUUUUUUACUGUAGAACUGAGCAUUUCGAGAGAGUUUUUCAGUACGUUUUUCCUCACAGUUCGUCUUUUGCUGUAUUUGAGUUUGGAUUUGAAUCUGGAGUGAUAUCAAACUACUUUGCUGUGGAUUUUUUUUUUUUGUUAUUGAGAGCUGACUUAUUAGUGCACACGUUUCUUAUAUUCAUGUGCCUGCUUUAUAUCUUAAUAAACAAUUGAAAUAAAACCUCUCAUUUUCAUUUGCUCUGUA